AUGUCUUUUUCUUAAUAACUACUUAAAGCAACUCAGCAGCAGUCCUAAAAGUCAGACUCUGAAAUCAUCAAAUAUUCUGCUUUGAUUGGUCUUGCAGGUGGACUCGCUUCAUCUAUUAUUUAUUACAUGGUACAAAGGAGCUUCUCAUCGUCAGGAGUAUAACAAGAUCCAAUAGUCAUGCUGAAAAAGGAAUUGAUCAAGGAACUUAGACAGUACCCCAUUCAAGCGCCUAAAGACGAAGACUAUUGCUUUACCAAAGACUUUAUGCUCCUUUUAUUCAAAACUCUAUGUACCUAUUAGACUAUUAUUCAAGAGGUUGUAAAGGAGUAAUUUUGGUAGAAGAGAUUAGAAUUCUACAAAUCAAAUGAUAUGAGGAAUUAUAGUGAAUCGAUAGUCCAAAGAACUUCUUAAAUUUCAAUAGUAAGUAUAGAAGUUAAAGACAUCAUCUUCGAUUACUUCAACAUCAUCAACAAAGAGUAUGAAAUGAGUUUCGAAAAGUAUAAGACUGAUGAAGAAUAUACUAGAAAGAUGAAUGAAAUUAAAAAGUCUAUUGAAGCUGAGUAUAUUGAUAGCAAAGCAGAACUCCCUCCUCAGCUGACCAAGGAAAAGACCUAGUAAAUCGUAGAUACAAAGCAGAAUUUCAUGAACUUGGUUAUAAUGAGAAUGAUGAACGAGGGAGAGGCAUAAAUGACUUAGAAUGGGUAAAUUGGCCUCACUUAGUCAGCCUUAAUGAUUGAAUUCAUGAAGUUUGACGACAAAUUGUAUCUAGAAGAAGGAUUUAGAAGAGAAUAAGUAGAUAAGGCAGUAAAUCUUUAUCAAGUAAAGGCAAGUGAGUAUUAAAGAGUUGCACCCUCUGAGGGAUCUGUCCCAGAAGCACAUGAACUUAGAACACCUGCCUAAAGCAUUUAGGGAGAGGAUCUUAGAGCAUCAGGCCAGAAAAUUAUGUUAUUAUGA